AUUUGACAUACCGGUAUGACAACGGCAUCGUCGUGGAGGACUCGCCGCGACGUGGAUGUGUAUGGUUCAUGCCAGCGAAUUCAAGCAGCGUUUCGGGGAUGGAGAGUUCGCAUGCGGCUGGUGAAGGGCGUGCGAAAGGAAUUCGAAGCCAUUUUGAAGGAACUGGAAGGAGAUGACUUCCUCCACUUGCUGCUGCAUUGCGAACCCACUGCAGUGGAAUGGAAAUCAACUUAUUCGCUCUGUCGUCCGACAUUUACGCAAGAACUUGGGGCUUUUUUCCAUGUACAAGGGCACGAGGUCGUUGUUCAGGUGCAAUCGCCGUCGCCUCGGAACUCCAUGCAGCACACCAUAGCCCAUGAUAGCGACAAUGACACUAUGGAAGGUUCCAUGGAAGCGGAGUCCCAAAGGGAAGGCACGGAUGACGUUGCUCGUGCUCCUGCAAACGUCGAUGUACCCACAGUUGUGCAUGAUGAAUCAAGGUCCAAAGUCAACUUGUCCGAGGAAGUUGGGCCCAUCGUUCUCGAUAGUGUCAACGACAACGAGCCAUCGGAUGCUGCUUCCUCAUCCAGCAGCUCUAUGACGGCCACUCUCAACAUGGAGAAGGGGGUCGCAGAGGCGUCGCCUGCCACGCAAGGCAGCCUGCCGGAUGACCGAGACACGCAGCUGCGCCUCUUGCUGCAAAUGUCACCAAGCGACAUUCAGCGAGAAAUUGAAUGGGCUCGCCGUGCGUUGCGAGAACGAAUACAGUUCCUGCGUCAAUGCAGGUCGUGAGGCGGAAGCACCAAGUGAUUGAGCGGUCCAUAUCUUUAAUCCUCUGUACGAACGAUGGAGUUUGUCCAGCAUCAUGCAUUCCCUCGCGUACUCCCAUAGUGUAAGUUCGACAUGGAGAGGUGAUGGAUUAUGUGUCCUUCGACAGCCAACUGCCAUCCCCGACGAAUCGUGAACAUACCGACGACGACUCCCGACGGCGAGCAUUUGCCUACAGUAGGACCAGAGAUUGUUCUCCAUUCACGUUAACAUGAACUCGACGCAUGAAGGCAUUGAACCGAAGAGGCAUGCAUCGCCAGCAAUGCGACGGCGACAAUGGGCAACCCCCACCCCUUUAGUUGAGCCUCGUGUGGAGUACUCGCCUCUGCACUCGCUUGCAUCGUUAGGCAUGCGGCUGGCCUCGACGCAUUGCCUGAAGUUCCACCAUGAUGUGGUUGAUCUGGUACAAAAUAUCAGAGGUUUAGGUGUAUUGCAGUGGAGUAUACAAAACGCAAGGCAUUAAA